AUGUCGGUGGUGGGAUCUUUGAUUUUUUGUACGAGUUGCGGUAACUUGCUCGACGCUGCUGGCUCAAAUACACAGAUAGAAUGUAAAGUUUGUACCGCUUCAUAUCCGGCAUCAGGGUUUGCCAAUUUGAAGGUGGUUACUCAGUCGGCCGAAGAUGCUUUUCCAUCUCAGUUAAAAUUAAAACGGUCUGUUGUGAAGACAUCCUUGAACAAAGACGAGAUGGACGAAGGUGCUACCAUCAAGGAAAAAUGCCCCAAGUGUGGCAACGAAGAAAUGCAGUACCAUACACUUCAAUUAAGAUCUGCCGAUGAGGGUGCAACAGUAUUCUACACUUGUACAGGGUGUGGAUACAGGUUUAGAACGAACAAUUAG